AUGAGGCCGCAUAUUUUUCUUGCACUCUCAGCAUCGGCCGCCUUGGCUUCGCCUUUACCCCAGGGCACUGGCAAAGGCGCCGAUUCUUGUCCCACGGAUCCUCUCGAAGCCGGAACUUGGACGAAACUCAACUUGGACAAGUUCCUCUCUGAUUGGGUGGCCAAAAAUGUCACGGAGACCAAGACCAACAACAUUCAGUCUCUAGCCGACUCAUUUGGUGCACCUAAUUUCUUCUGUGGUAUGAGUUCUUUCUGUAAUGCUGGCCAGCCAUGCUUGCCGAUUCAACCUCCUGGCUGGUACGCAAUGGUGGCCAUCCAAAACUGGAACAGCUACAUGAACGCGCUCAACGAGGCGGUUGAUUUCGCCUCGGGAAUCAUUUCCAACACCCUCCCCGGCAUGGUCACCGACUUCAUUCCCGACCCCGUGGACAACGUCACACCACUGAUUCAGAUCGGGAGGAUGUUUACUACAGUUCUCGGCGCCAUCCCCUUGACCGGCCCUCUCGAUACGGCGAAGUCGGCGGUGACAGGCGGCCUAGGCUUCCUUCUCACCCAGAUCAAACCCCCAGCGCCGACGGACAAGUUCCUCACGUGGAGCAACACCGCCACUUCUCUGGCAGCCGUCGUAAAGGAGUACCAAGCCGCCAUCGCGACCUCCAUGCAAACCGUCCUCGACGCUCCUGUGAUGGACAAGACGUCGGGCAUCGGUGGCAUCCUCUCCGGAGGUCAGUUUCUCGGAGUCCACCAGAACGUCACGCAGGGAGAUUUGCAAAAGGGCGUUACGGACACCAUGACGCGCUUCGGUUUAGGCCUCGCACUUCAAGCCAGUCGGUACUACGUAAUGCGCUUCAUCGGUGCCCAGCCGUGCAUCGAGAGCGACGCAGCCAAGUGCGUCGCCGAUGACAAGGGCACCAACACGGCAUACGUUCUGCAGCGUUACGGCACGUGGGGUGCGCAGGAUGAUACGGCUAAGAAGCUCGCCGACAAGUACGGUCUGAAGAAGGAGGAUUUCCUGGACAGCGUGCUCAAGUGCUUCGACGACAACGGAAAGAAGCUCUACGCGGAUCCGUUCAAGGACGCGAUCCCUUUGGAUCCCGCGACGACGUGUGUGUUCAACAUUGGUGUUUGCGAAAUCGACCCUGUGAAAGUGGCCGGCAAACGCGAUUACGACGAGGAGUGCAACGCGCAACUGAGCUGGUGA